UUGUUAUGUACUAUCUUUGUUUCAAAUCAGUUCUUUAUUCCGUAGUCGGAUAUUUGAGAGAACUAUUCGUUUUAUAUUCGAUAUUCGAAUCAGGUUAUCUUCUUUUUCUCCAAGGAGGUUAAAUCUAUAAAUAGCCUAGGUCCGUGUUCUUCCCAUCCCAAGACCGACAUUGCGCAAUUCUUUCCCUCAUUCCCUCAUGUCUGUGACGUUGUGAUUCCGUGAAAUGUGUGUUCAGUGCAGUUGCGACAGACCCAGUGCACUUGACCACAAAGUGUGACAAAGGGUGGAGAGUGAAGGCGGAAAAGGAGCGCUGGAGAUAAAUUUUCCGGACACUACAGGAGUGAUUUCAUUCACAAAAGUUAAAAAUGACAGACAGCUCUUUACCAACUGUGGCUCCCUUGGUCAAGCACAUAGACUAUGCAUCCGAAGGGUCUACGGCUGCCUCUCCUGAUUUAGAUAAAAAGAAGGUGGAAGAUGUUAAAAUUGACAUGAGUCCAGAUUCAGAAAACAAAGAAAGUUCGGUUCAGUUUGAGGUUACACUCAAGCAACGUGAAGAAGCUGAUUCAGGGAAUGUGGCGACAUUUGCUAUUGAAGAUCAUGAGAAAAACACAGGCUCGAAUCCAAUGAAGGAAGAUACUUUUGUCUUCCCUCACCUAGUGCGGAGGAUUGAUUCCGCAGAAGUUUUGCCGAGGCCUUUCAAAACCACCAACCAGCUCAUUUGUGCGGCCUACGCGAGCAUCAUUUGCUGCUGCUGCUUUGGAGCAUUCGCAGCCAAGUACGCUAUGAAGACUAAGAUCCAGCGCAACAAGGGUACCUAUACGGCUGCUAUAAAGAGCGGGAAAAAAACUAUUUGUUACAUCAUUGCUGCCGUUGUAUUUUGUAGUGUUGUUCUCACCAUAAUGUUGGGUCUUUAUCUCGGUGGAGCAUACGACGACAAUUGAUUUGUAUGUCUGUUUUAACUUCUAAGAUUUAUGUUGAAGCCAUUUUUAUUGUGAUAGGGUUGCAACGUGAUUAGUAAAGUGAAGACCAGCUCUUGCUGCUGUCGCUGCCAAGGAAUUUUGUUAAAGGCCAUCCGGUGCUACUUAUUUUUUUUAUUGAUUUUGUGUACUCUUUCAUGAUAGUAUAAAUAGACACACACACACUCACACACACACUCACACACACACACACACACACACACACACACACACACACACACACCUACACACACUCAUACAUGCGAGCACACAGACUUAUAUAUGUCUAUAUAUGUGAGGCAGCGUGGCAAAAUCAGGCGCUUGUCAAAAUUAUGAAAGUGAAGAAAUUGGCAUUUUUCCGCAGGUUUGGGAAUUAUAAUCAA